AUGAGCAAUUAUAUGGCCUGGCAGAUAAAAGUCGGCCACAACUACGGAAUCGCAUUCACGGAGCACGACGAAAGCCUACAGGAUGCGGCUGAUAUUCCUACGCUACUGCCAUUACCUUCACGAUUCUUUGACGUGGCAAUCCUCGUUCGCCUCCCUGAUUGA